UGUAUCGACAGUUUGAAUCACAUACUAUGAUCCACCAUCAGAAUGAAGAAUGCUAAUAGUUUGCUCAUGAAUUGAAGUCUAACAAUAAUCUCGGAUUUUCCACAGUCGAUCCAAUGGACAAAUCAGUGCAGUUGUCCUCCCCAUUGAGAGUGCAGGAAGGAUUACAUUCAAGAACUGAGGAUGCUCCUGUGAAAAAGAAAAGGACUAAUAAGGGUGGAUGGAAAAUAAUGCCUUUUAUUAUAGGAAAUGAGGGUUGUGCAAAUCUUGCAACGGCCAGCUUAUCUGCUAACCUGGUGGUGUUCUUGAUACAACAAUAUAAGCUGGAUCAGCUUGAAGCUGCAAAGAUUUCAAACAUCUGGGGAGGAAUAAAAGAUAUAUCACCCAUUCUUGGUGCUAUUGUGGCGGAUUCUUAUCUAGGAAGGUUUUGGACAAUCCUCGUGGCCUCUUUCACUUACAUAAUGGCAAUGGUACUUGUGACAAUCAUGUCUGCAGAUAUAGAACGAAUAAGGGGAACUGGAUAUGGCCUUGCACUGCUUUAUAUAUUUCUGACAUUAACGGUUGUGGGCACAGGUGGGGUGCAGUCAUCUUCCAUAGCCUUCGGUGCAGAACAAUUUGACAGCAAAGAUGAGGAGGAUAGGAAAAAUCAGCAAAGCUUCUUCAAUUGGUAUUAUUGUGGAGCUACUGUGUCUAUCAUGCUGGGCAUGACCUUUGUUGUUUAUCUACAAAGUAAUGUUAGCUGGAAAUGGGGAUUCGGUGUGGCUACUAUACUCAUGAUUAUAUCCACUGUCCUUUUCUCGCUUGGAACCAAGUAUUAUGUCAUGGUCAGUCCACAAGGCAGUGCCUUCACUGGGUAUCUUCAAGUGAUUGUUGCAUCUAUUAGAAAGAGAAACCUGGUUUUGCCUUCUGAUUCAAGAGAAUUAUAUGACGUGCCUCUAGAUAAAGAAAAAGUUGAUCUGAAACUCUUUUCAACAGAUAUCUUCAAGUUUUUCAACAAGGCAGCCAUAAUCAGUAGAGAAGAUUAUAUGGAGCCCGGCUCCAUGCCCAAUCCAUGGAAGCUCUGCCCAGUUCAGAAAAUAGAAGAGCUCAAAUCAGUGAUAAGAAUAUUACCCAUCUGGAGCACAGUAAUAUCAGUCUCCAUCAUCUUGGGGGGCAGCGCUAGCACAUACAUGGUAUACCAGGCAAUGAUUAUGAACUUAAAUCUGGGCCCCCAUUUCAAAAUGCCAAUAGCCUCUAUUAGCGCCUUUGUCCUCUUAACCAUAUCCAUUUGGCUGCCCAUCUAUGACAAACUCAUAAUACCAUUUUUCCGCAGCUUAACAAACAGAAGUGAAGGCAUUACCUUAAUUGAAAGGAUCGGAACAGGCAUUUUCAUCUCAGUGAUCACCAUGGUGGUAGCAGGACUGGUAGAAAUCAAGCGUAAAAAUAGUGGGAAACCCAUCUCUGUGUUUUGGCUGGCACCACAGUAUUCUCUGCUAGGCCUGGCUGAGGCCUUUUGUGGCGUUGGUAUGGUGGAAUUCUUGUAUGUGCAGUUUCCCACGAGCAUGAGAAGUACUGCCGUGGCGUUGUACUGGAGUGGCAUGGGCAUAGGUUCGUUUCUCAGCAGUGUUGUUAUUACAGUUGUGCACAAUGCCACUGGUGGGAACAGAAGAAAUGCUAGGCUGAAUGAAAACCUAAAUGAUGGACGUCUCGAGUAUUUUUAUUGGUUUUUUGCAGGCCUUGGUCUGCUUGAUUUUUUUUAUUUUCUUCUUUGUGCAAGGCUGGUGAGACACUCCAGGAGUUGCAGCAACGAUUCUGAUCAACAGAAGGAAAACGAACAAGUAUCACUAUCUAUCUAAAGUUAGAUAUCAUAUGUUUGAUCUAAGCAUUCUGUCCUGCUUUAAGCAUAGCUUAAGGCAAGGCAUUUGAAGAUAAAUAAACUUGAGCACGAGUGGUUUCACAUGUUUUCUAAGACCAUACUGUCAACAUUGCAUCACCAAAUGUGAUGUUAAAAGACAGAAGCUGGUUGUGCUGGAUAUUUCAGGGUCAGCUUUAAACUACACAUUAAGUAAUAUAUUAAGUUUAGAGAAUGCUAGUCAAUUCUGAGUGUUUAACAAUUUUUAGUCUAGAAGUGUAUACUUAGUGUGACCACAUACAUUAAGCAACAUAUUAAGCCUAGAAUUGUCAGUCAACUCUGAGUGUUUUAAGAUUUUUAAGCCUAGAAGUGUAAGCUUAGUGUGUGCGGUUUAAGCUAUUCCAUAUUAAGCCUAGAAAAUGUGAGUCAACUCUGAGUGCUUUAACACUUUUAAGCCUAGAAGUGUAAGCUUAGUGUGUGUGGUUUAAGCCAUUCCAUGUUGGAGCCCUUACAAAUGUUUGACCAUCAGUUUGACCAUAUAGCUUACAAUAAUAUAGCUUAUAUGGUACCAAGUGUGAUGU